GUAUGGUAGUACCAAUAGGUUCACAACAUCGUCAAAAAAAUAUGCCUCCAAGUGGACGUUUCGAUAGAACAAUCGCCUUGGCUGGCACUGGACAUUUGAAAAUUGGAAACUUUGUCAUCAAAGAGACAAUUGGAAAAGGAGCAUUUGGAGCUGUUAAAAGAGGAACACAUAUUCAAACCGGAUACGACGUCGCCAUUAAAAUUCUGAAUCGUGGAAGAAUGAAAGGACUCGGAACAGUUAACAAAACUCGAAAUGAGAUUGAUAAUCUUCAGAAACUCACACAUCCACAUAUCACACGUCUCUUCCGUGUUAUCAGUACUCCUUCGGACAUAUUUUUGGUCAUGGAACUAGUUUCUGGUGGAGAACUUUUCAGUUAUAUAACUAGAAAAGGUGCUCUUCCAAUCAGAGAAAGUCGACGAUACUUUCAACAAAUUAUUUCUGGAGUCAGUUAUUGUCAUAAUCAUAUGAUUGUGCAUAGAGACUUGGUAUGUUUUAUAUUAUUUCCUUUUGUGAAUCAAAAAAUAUGUACUCACAAAUAAUCCUUGUUCAAAUAUUAAAAAAAAAACAACUAGAAAAACACGAUGGGCAGCGUUUAUAUGUUUACUCGCACUAUUUUCGGUCAACAUUGUUUGCCAUAGUUCAAAAUUUAAAGUCUCUAAAAAUCAAAAUAUCUCGGAACCAUUGAAUCCAAAAACUUGUAAAAAGGAAAACUCUCAGUCGGAUAAUUUGUUUAAAAAUCGUUAAGAACAAUAUAUCAAUUUUAGAAGCCCGAAAAUCUUCUUCUGGACGCGAACAAGAACAUUAAAAUCGCUGAUUUCGGUCUCUCGAACUACAUGACAGAUGGUGAUCUUCUCUCGACGGCAUGUGGAUCUCCAAACUACGCGGCACCCGAACUAAUAUCAAAUAAACUUUAUGUGGGCCCUGAAGUUGAUCUAUGGUCAUGUGGAGUUAUACUUUAUGCGAUGCUUUGUGGAACUUUGCCAUUUGAUGAUCAGAAUGUUCCAACGUUGUUUGCAAAAAUUAAAAGUGGCCGAUACACAGUUCCAUAUUCCAUGGAAAAACAAGCAGCCGAUCUAAUUUCUACGAUGCUUCAAGUUGAUCCUGUGAAGAGAGCUGAUGUAAAACGAAUUGUUAAUCACAGUUGGUUCCGUAUCGAUCUUCCAUAUUAUUUGUUCCCAGAAUGUGAAAAUGAAUCAUCGAUUGUUGAUAUUGAUGUGGUUCAGAGUGUUGCAGAGAAAUUUGAUGUGAAAGAAGAAGAUGUAACUGGAGCUCUACUUGCUGAAGAUCAUCAUCAUUUUCUCUGUAUUGCAUAUCGUCUUGAAGUAAAUCAUAAAAGAAAUGCCGAUGAAUCUUCUCAAAAAGCAAUGGAAGAUUUUUGGGAGAUUGGAAAAACAAUGAAAAUGGGAAGCACUUCGUUGCCAGUCGGUGCCACCACGAAAACAAAUGUUGGUCGAAAAAUCUUGGAAGGACUGAAAAAAGAGCAAAAGAAAUUGACAUGGAAUCUUGGAAUUCGUGCAUGUCUUGAUCCAGUUGAGACCAUGAAACAUGUUUUUUUGAGUUUAAAAUCUGUUGAUAUGGAAUGGAAAGUACUCAGUAUGUAUCAUAUUAUUGUUCGUAGCAAACCGACUCCAAUUAAUCCGGAUCCUGUGAAAGUAUCUCUUCAAUUAUUUGCUCUCGAUAAAAAAGAGAAUAACAAAGGAUAUUUACUCGAUUUCAAAGGACUCACUGAAGACGAAGAAGCUGUUCCACCGAGUCGUUGUCGUUCCCGUGCUGCGUCCGUAUCAGUAACUCUCGCCAAAUCGAAAAGUGAUUUAAAUGGAAAUAGCUCGAAAGUUCCAAUGUCUCCACUAUCUCCAAUGUCUCCAAUUUCUCCGUCUGUCAACAUUCCAAAAGUUCGCGUUGAUGACGCGGACGCCUCGCUGAAAUCAUCGUUGAACAGCAGUAUCUACAUGGCUGAUAUUGAGAACUCAAUGGAAAGUCUUGAUGAAGUUUCAACUCAAUCUUCGGAACCCGAAGCUCCAAUUCGUUCUCAGACGAUGGAAUUCUUUGCAACUUGCCACAUCAUCAUGCAGGCUUUGUUAGCUGAAUAAGAACAUAAUUUUAUGUUUCUAUCUGUAUAAUGAUAUGUAUUUUUCGUUUCUUUUUCAAAAUUCAUCUUCUCCCGGUUUCACUUUUGCCCCCCUUCAUUCCCCUCAGAUGCCUUUUUUCUCUUCAAAGCAUGUACUUAAAUUGGACGUCUUUGUUUGUUUUUUUUUUGUUUUAUUAUUCUAUUUCUGAUUCCAAUUCAACAAGGUAGUGUUAUUUGAAAAAUAAUAAAAAUGAUUCAAGAAAUUGAA